CACAUGUUCGUGAUGCAUGUAUGUAAUUACGGUAGGAUUUUGGCCUCUCCGCCAAAGGUACUUGACAACAUAGUAUGGAUGCAUGCAUGUAGGUGCGAAUGGCUCCCAACAUCAUCUUCAUCGCAACGAGCCGCCCGAGCUACUUACUGUACGAUACCGUACCGUAAUAAUAAACACGUCCCUCUCUCUCUCACGAGCUCGCCUUCAACAACGAAAAAUCGAAACCAUCUCCGCCACCACGGAUCACGUGUAGCCCCCCUCACAUCGGCGAUUGUCACUCACAUGUCUCUCCAAGCCGCAGCAGACGUUGCUCUCUUGGUCACCUCUGCCAACUCGUCAUCCGAGCGUAGAGUUUCUCCAGCAUGGACCUUAGCACACUUCAAGACCCGCCUCGAGCCCAUCACCGGAAUUCCCGCCAGUUGCCAACAGUUGACACUGCGCAUCAAUUCUCAGGACCCUGUAUCCAUCUCCGCUGUCGAUGAAGAACAGACCCAGCUUGCUGCAUUCCCUUUGCAGCCAUAUGCUGAGCUGGUAGUUGCUGAUACUCGCCCGCCCUCGGCCCGUCCCAACUUCUCCGAUUUGUCUGCUGUGGAAAAGUAUGAGAUGCCCUCCGCAGAAUAUGAAUCCCGCUCCGACAGCGUUCUCGCGUGGAAGAAAGCCCAAAAGCUGGGACGUUUCGAUCCCAACGCCCCUACUAUUGAGCAGCAAAAGGUUCUAGCGUCAGAGCGAGAGAUUCAAGAGAGAGGUCUUACAAUUCAGUGCCGUGUUCGUCUACUUCCCGAGUCUGAUGCUCGUCGCGGUACAGUCAUGUAUCUCGGACUCGUUCCCGAAAUCCCUGGUAUAGGAUUCUGGGUUGGGGUCGCAUUGGAUGAGCCGACUGGCAAAAACGAUGGAUCAGUCAAGGGCAAACGAUACUUUGACUGCGGAAGCAAUUAUGGUGUAUUCGUACGGCCAGAGCGCUGUGAGUCUGGAGAAUUCCCACCACUGGACCUGGGAGAUGAGGAUAUGGAGGAGCUCUAG